AUGAACUUCCUCCGUCGCCGGCUGUCUGACAGCAGCUUCUUGUCCAACUUGCCCAAUGGCUACAUGACAGACCUCCAGAGGCCUGACCCAGCUGCUCCUCCUCCCCCAACCACCUCCACUCCUGACCAGCUGGGCCCAGCACCUGCCCCAGCGGGGGUCCCUGCCCUGUCCCCGACCAAAACUCCAGCACCGUCCCAGGCGCCGGCCAGCUCCCCUGCACCUCAGGAGCGGCGUCUAUCCCAGGUGGCUCAGCCGUCUCCACAGGCCCAGUCCUCCUCCUCCAGUGGUUCCUCUGGCUUCUUCAGCUCCUUCAGCUCCAUCACCAACGCGGUCAAACAGACGGCCGCAACCGCCGCCGGGUUCGUGGAGCAGUCGGCGCCUUCUCCCUCCCUCUCCAAGAAGUUCAAGAUCCUGUUGGUCAUUGACGAGCCUCAGCAUGAGUGGGUCAAAGUGUUUCGGGGAAAGAAGAUCCUUGGAGACUACGACGUCAAAGUGGAGCAGGCCGAGUUCUCUGAGGUCAACCUCAUCUCGCACUCAAAUGGAACCUGUAACGUGGACAUGCAGGUCGUCAGGAGCGGUACCAAAGUGGUCAGGUCCUUCAGGCCCGACUUCGUCUUGGUGCGUCAACACGCCUUCAGCAUGGCGCAGAACGAGGACUUCAGGAACUUGAUCAUCGGCCUGCAGUAUGCGGGCGUCCCCUCGGUCAACUCUCUGGACUCCAUCUACAAUCUCUGCGACAAGCCCUGGGCCUUUUCUCAUUUGAUCAAUAAUCAGAAGAGGUUGGGUUCGGAUAAGUUCCCUCUCAUUGAUCAGACCUUCUACCCCAACUACAAAGACAUGAUUUCAACACCAAGCUUCCCAGUGGUGGUGAAGAUUGGACACGCCCACUCUGGAAUGGGAAAGGUCAAAGUGGACAAUGUGAGUGAUUUCCAGGACAUUGCGAGUGUGGUGGCCAUCACUCAGACCUACUGCACCACAGAGCCAUUCAUAGACGCCAAGUACGACAUCAGGGUCCAGAAAAUCGGCACUGACUACAAAGCAUACAUGCGAACAUCCAUCUCUGGUAAUUGGAAGAGCAACACCGGAUCUGCCAUGUUGGAACAAGUAGCCAUGACUGACAAGUAUAAACUGUGGGUUGAUACCUGUUCAGAGAUCUUUGCAGGACUGGAUAUCUGUGCCAUCAAAGCCAUCUGUGGGAAGGAUGGUAAUGACUACAUAACUGAGGUUGUGGGUUCAUCUAUGCAGUUAAUCGGUGACCACCAGGCAGAGGACCGCCAGCUCAUCUCAGAGGUGGUGGUCACAAAGAUGAACCAGGUUCUGGCUGUCAGGUCGUCCUCAGCCUCCCGUUCCCCCGCCCGCUCCCCUCAGGGCAUGAAGCCGACCACCGUGCAGCCCCAGCAGACUGCCGCCCUGAAGGACGGAGUUGCAGAUCCGAACAGGACCUCAGGCCCGCGCCCUCAACCUCAAGGUGCACCAGUGAAAUCAAUGAGUGUGGACCCAUCAUCAGAGUCAGCGAAGAGAGCAUCUGAACCAGCGCCAAGGCCUGAGCAGGCCCAGAAACCUGGACCCGCUCAGAAGCCAGGCCCAGUCCAAAAGGCCGCCUCAGUCACAAGACCUCCAGUGCAGAGACCUCCUCCGCCAAUGACGAGAGCCCCUUCUAUCACAAGGCCACCCCCACCUUCUGCUCCCAUCCCAGCCAAAGCUUCACCACCAUCACCAAUCAAAGCAGCAGCUCCAAAAGCUCCAUCCAGCUCUAGCACCAGCCCCAGCCCUAGCACCAGCCCCAGCUCCAGCCCCAGCCCCAGCCCCAGCUCCAGCUCUAGUCCCAGUCCCAGCCCCAGCUCCAGCUCUAGCUCCAGCUCUAGCUCCACCCCAGUCUCUCCCUCAGCCUCAGCUCCGACCACAGAGCAGCCCAAGCCCCAGUCUCAGGGCUCCCCAUCCCUAGCUCCCGGCAAACCAAAAGAGCUGCCGCCCAAACCCACGCCACCUGCAAAGCCCAUCCCACCUGUACGCAGGAAUUCAAGGCCUCAGCUCGGGCCAAAGCCACAAACCCCACCUCCUCCCAAACUCCAGCCCGCUGCGCCGGCCCCGGAACCCACUCCGGCCUCAGCUCCUGCCCCGGCUCAGUCCCCAGCCACAGCCAGCGAGUCCCCGCCUAAUGCGCAGUCUCCAGCUGAGGCUCAGCCCCAAGCCAAGCUGGCCUCUCCCUCUGCAGACGCCCAGUUUGACCCAUUCGAGGCAGCUGCGGCCCCCGAGGAGUCCGAGGGCCCGGUGGAAGAGCAGCCAGGUUCCCAGCAGAAGACCCAUCCUCUGCUGAAUAAGUCACAGUCCCUGACCAAUGCCUUCAACGCUUUCAGCGACUCCUCGUUCUUCCGCGGGGGCUCGAGCUCCGGAGGCGACGGCCAGGAGGAGGCAAAGGCGGAGACCAUUCGCAACCUCCGAAAGUCCUUCGCCAGCCUUUUCUCUGACUAG